GUUUUCGUUUUCUGAACCUCACAGUCUUCAGGACCAACGAUCGCCGAGGGUUGCAGUCAUGUCGGCAGCGGUUCCGGGGACUAGCAAAGUGGCUCUGAGCGACGCGGGCCCGAAGAAAAAGAAGGGCCCUGGCGCGCUGGCUACGGCCUAUUUGGUUAUUUACAACGUGGUUAUGACUGCCGGGUGGUUGGUGAUAGCGGUGGGCCUGGUUAGAGCUUAUCUAGCCCGAGGCAGCUACCAUGGCCUGUAUUACUCCAUAGAGAAACCGCUGAAGUUCUUUCAGACGGGAGCAAUUCUUGAGAUACUGCAUUGUGCUGUCGGAAUUGUUCCAUCCUCUGUGGUCCUAACAGGCUUUCAGGUCAUGUCCCGGGUUUUCCUCACGUGGGCUGUCACACACAGUGUAAGAGAGGUGCAGAGUGAGGAUAGUGUGCUGCUGUUUGUAACAGCCUGGACUGUCACGGAGAUCAUCCGCUACUCUUUCUACACCUUCAGUCUUCUCAACCAUCUGCCCUACCUUAUCAAAUGGGCAAGGUACACCUUUUUCAUGGUGCUGUAUCCCAUGGGAGUGACUGGAGAACUGCUGACUAUCUAUGCAGCACUGCCAUACGUGCAGAAGACAGGACUGUACUCUGUCACUCUCCCAAACAAGUACAACUUCUCUUUUGACUACUACACCUUCCUCAUCCUCGUCAUGAUCUCGUACAUCCCCCUCUUCCCCCAGCUUUACUUCCACAUGAUACGGCAGAGGAAGAAAGUGCUAGGCCACGUAGACGACUACAGCAAGGUGGAGUGAUCUGCACAGCAGCCAGAUGAAAUCGAUCAAAGGCGUUACAAUGACCAAGAGAUGAAGCCACUGCGACCAAAACAUCUGCUUAUCAAAAAAAUAAGCCUGACCAGUUUUCAAGCUACCAGAACUGACCUGGCAGAGGAACUAAUUACCAAGCAACCUUUUUUCCAGACAUUGUUUGGGUUAUUUAGAUGAAGAACAUCGGAACAAGCUGGUGUUUUGUUUAAUUUAAUUUAUGAACACAGUUCAGUAGCUUUCGUUUUGUUGCUUUUAGCUCAGAAGAAACGGGUUUGAACGUGACUUCGACUUGAAUGUUGAACAGAACCUGAUUGCCACAGUGCUCUGACACACACAAAUCACUCAUGCACUGAAAGAAUUGAACCUUUCAAAUGGCACUGUACUCUUUGUGCCGCUUGUUCAUGGAGCCUCUUUUUCUAUGUCUUUAUUUAGGUGCGGGAAGAAUGAUGCUGUAAUGUCGAUACCUGCUUUGUGUGUGCCGUUUGCAUCUGCAGGAUGCUGCUCUUAGCAAACCGCUUCAGAUCUUUCAAGGUUUUUUUCUUUCUGUCCUUACUCUCUUUGUAUUCAAACUGUUUGAUUACAUUCCAUCUUUAGUUCAAUAAAGCUUUGUGAUUUUGCACC